AUGGAAAAAAAAUUCCUAGAGACUGCGAUAGCAGAAAAAGAACGCGAAAUACUCGAUUUAAAUAAACAAGUUGACAAGUUUACAACUGAAAUAGAAAAACAAAAAAAUAUAAUAAACAAAAUAGAAAUUGACAACAAUGAAUAUGAAGAAGAAUUGAAAACCCAAGUAUUGUAUUUAGGUCAAUUAAAAGAAUGUGAAGAUAAAAUAGAGGAAAAAGACAAACAAAUAAAAGAAUUAGAUAAUAGAAAUAUAGAAAAAGACAAACAACUAACAGAAAAAGACAAACAAAUAACAGAAUUAGGUAAUCAAAUUAAACAGUUACAUAUUCUAACUAAUUCAAAUAAUACUGAAAUAAAAUCUAAAAAUGUUGAACUCAAUAAAAAACUACAACUAUGUACCACACAAUUAUCUGAACAAACACAAAAAAUAAAUAGAAUAAAUGAAGAAUUAACUCAAAGUUAUAGAUAUAUUACCGAGUUAAAGAGUUCUUUAAACGAUUGUGAAAGUGAUAAAAAAAUAAAAAUUGAUAUAACUGAAACUUGUAAACGAGAAAUAAAUGAAAAACAAAAACAAAUAGAAUUUUUGAAUCUAAAGCGGCUUAAUGAAAAACAUCAACUAGAAGAAACUUACAAAAAUGAACUUGAGAAAUGUAACUAUGAAAAACAUGAACUAGAAAAACCUAUAUGA